AUGUCCCAACCAUUUGCAGCACAGCUCAACCCAUCACAGCACCACCCCGUCGUCAUACAACCGCCAUCCUACUUCAGCGAUGUGGACUCCACACCCACCCUCACCAGCCGCAACUCGACAACCACAGUCCAAGCAGCCACCCGCACCCGGACCAGCGACCUCGAAAAAAACUCCCAACCAACAAACAGCCAAGAAAUCCACUACCGAUCCAUGACCUGGUGGCAAUGCGCCGCCAUCAUGAUCGCCGAAACCAUUUCCCUUGGCAUCCUAGCCCUCCCCUCCGUACUCGCCACCGUGGGGCUCAUCCCGGGCCUCAUACUAAUUCUCGGCAUGGGGAUCAUGGCCUGGUACUCUGGCUACGAAAUGCAUCUCUUCCGGAGCGCGUAUCCGCAAAUCCACAGCUGGGCUGAUUGUUUCGAGAUACUGUUUACGCCGCUCGGAUUUCCGAAUGUGGGGAGGGAAAUUGCAUUUACGAGUAUCUUCAUUGCAGUUAUCGUCACGAUGGUAGCAGUGGGUGUUCAAGCACCGGCGGAGAAAAACUAUACUCUUUGGCCUAAAGAAGAUCUUUCACUCCGAGAAGCAUUCUUGAGUGUUACCAAUAUCGUCUUCGCUUAUGGUAUUUUUUCCCUGCCUCCUUUCUUUAAUUUUUCAUCGUCCCCCUCUGCACCUCCAUCACCUCCACAACCUCCUUCCCCCCCCAAACCCCAACCAACUAACCCCCUCCUUCCCUCCCCAGGAGGACACGUCGCCUUCUUCGCCUUCAUGGCCGAACUCCGCGACCCCUCCGACUUCCCCAAAUCCCUCGCCACACUCCAAAUCAUCGAAAUAACCCUCUACCUCCUCUCAGCCAGCAUAAUUUACAUCUACGCCGGAUCCAGCGUCGCCUCCCCCGCCCUUUCAUCCGCCGGCCCCCUCAUAUCCAAAAUAGCCUUUGGCCUCGCCAUCCCCACCAUCGUCAUCGCCGGCGUCAUCUUCGGUCACGUCUGCAGUAAAUACGUCUUUUCCAAAAUCUACCACGACACCAUUCACAUGACGACACGCACGAGACGCGGCAUGUUUUCCUGGUUGGGGAUUACGGCGCUUCUGUGGAUAGUGGCGUGGGUGAUUGCGGAGUCGAUACCGGUGUUUAAUGAGUUGUUGGGGUUGGUGAGUGCGCUGUUUGCAAGCUGGUUUACGUAUGGAUUGGCGGGCAUUUUUGGCUUGUAUAGGAAUAAGGGGAGGUGGAAUGGAGGGUGGUGGAUGAGGGGAUUGUUUUUGUGUAAUGUGGGGUUGGUGGGGGUGGGGGCGGUUAUUUGUGGGAUGGGGCUUUGGGCUAGUGGGGUGGGGAUUGGAGAGGGGGCGAGGGAGGGGAAGAGUUGGAGUUGUGGGGAGGUAGGCGGGAGGGAGUGA